AUGGAGGCGGCACCAACGCGCGGAUCUUCCGAGCCCAAUGUCGUGGUAUCUCCGCACAGCUCAAGGGCCCCCCUCCCGUCUCAGGCUGGUCCUGAUGUCCUAUCUGUCUAUAAAGAUUGGGGUCCCUUCCUAUCCUGGAUUCCCUCUGCAUUGGGCUGUCCAAAGGUGAACAGCCAGGUCGCGAUCUCCAUGAUUGAGGAUGCGAUGGAGAGUGCGAUGGAGAGAGACAACGAGGAAGGCGCAACGGGGCCGUGGGUGGGCUUGUUGGGUUUCAGUCAGGGCGCCAAGCUAUGCGCAAGUGUGCUCCUUCUCCAGCAGAUACAGGGAAUAUAUAAGUCGCGGUUCAACUUCCGCUUUGGUGUCCUGCUGGCUGGGCGAGCACCGCUUCUCGCACUCCAACCAGGUAUCCCGACUGGGGGGGAGACGGUCGUUGGGGUGAAUGGAGAGGAGAGUGUUGACAAGGGUAAGCCGAUUCGACUACGUCUACCAACCGUACAUGUCCAUGGUAUGCGAGAUUCCGGACUACAUCUCCACAGACAGUUGCUAGAGAAUUGUUGUGAGGUCGGAAGUACGAGACUACUCGAGUGGGAUGGUGAUCAUAGAGUACCCCUUAAAACGAAAGAUGUGGUCGCACUCGUCAAACAGAUAGUGGCUGUGGCGAGCGAGACUGGUGUUCAAUUUAAUGAAUAG